UCUUGCAGUUGCUCAUGCUCCUUGGCACCGCUGAUGCUGAGUCCAAACUGACCUCCGAACAGAAUGCCAUAAGCCUCUCCUCUGGCAAGUACCGCCACCUCGACCGUGCCACUAACAAAGAGCUCAUCUGCGACAAAUGUCCCGCAGGGACCUAUGUGUCUAAGCACUGUACAAAGAGUACCUUAAGAGAGUGCAGCCCGUGUCCGGAUGGGACCUUUACUAAGCAUGAGAACGGCAUAGAGCGAUGCCACGCUUGUAGGAAACCUUGCGAACUGCCAAUGAUUGAGAAAACUCAUUGUACUGCCUUGACUGACCGCGAGUGCACUUGCCUGUCUGGUACGUUUCAGACUAAUGACACCUGCAUCCCUUAUACCGUGUGCCCAGUUGGCUGGGGCGUCCGCAAGAAAGGAACCGAGACGGAAGACGUUAGGUGCAAGCCGUGCCCUCGUGGUACCUUUUCUGAUGUGCCUUCUAGUGUGAUGAAGUGCAAAACCUACACUGACUGCUUUGGGAAAAACAUGGUGGUGGUCAAGCCAGGGACAAAAGAAAGUGACAACGUCUGUGGUUCUCCGGCGUCUCUUCCUAAUGCAUCUUCGUCUUCAUCAAACCCAGAAGCAGAUGGAGAGCCCUAUGAAGUUCCAUCAACUUCUUAUCUUCCCAAAG